AGUCGGGCUCUUUCGGCGCGAAGCGCUUGAUGAUAGUCGCAUGCAAGUAAAAAUAGAAGCAGUUUCUUCACGAGCGCACGGAUAGAGAGAGUAACGUACGAGGAACCACUCUUAACAUUACAGAAGACAAACAGAAACUAAUAGGCUUUAGACCACAAAAUCAAAAAAAACACAAACACACAAGAGUCGUCGUCCGGGUUACGUGCAUCGAAAUAUGUAAAUAGUUGCGCGUCGUCGAGUGUUUUUUUUUUGUUGCUACUGCUGCUGUAAUUUUGUUUAAUUCCAAGGAUCAGUUGUGCGGGAACACAACGGGAAAGAGAUGGCAUCCGCCGGGCGGCUUUUGUGGAACGCCUUUCGGGUCUAUUGGAGGGCGAUCUUCGUCAUAGUCUUUCCUCUCAUCCUGCUUCCAGUCUUCGUAGUAAACAACAUCAAAGCUCUGAGAUGUCUGUACGUCGUCCUGCUGAUGGCCGGAUUUUGGGUAACAGAAGCUUUACCACUCCCGGUUACAGCUCUCAUUCCAAUGGUGCUGUUUCCGCUGAUGGGAGUGUUGGGUUCGGAUGUGACGUCGCUUUGCUACUUGAAGGAAACCAACAUGAUGUUCGUUGGUGGAUUGGUGAUAGCCAUCGCCGUCGAGCAUUGCAAUCUGCACAGACGCGUCGCGUUGUACGUGAUCCUCUGGGUGGGAUGCAGCCCCAGGAAACUGAAUUUCGGACUCGUCGCCGUCGCGAUGUUCGUGUCCAUGUGGAUCUCGAACACGGCAGCGAUUGCGAUGAUGUGUCCGAUCAUGGAGGCGACGCUCAAAGAGCUGGAGAGUCAAGGGAUCGGGCAGCUCUACGAGAAGGACGAGGUCGAGAAUGGUGACGUGAAGACCGACGGAGAAGCUACCGUCAAAGUGGAGACUGAUGGAGCGAAAGCAGUAGAGCAUCGGGAGACGAGGAGACCCAGCAAGACGACAAUCUGUUACUUCUUGAGCGCUGCGUACGCUUCAAGCAUAGGUGGCCUUGGAUGCAUCGUGGGCAGCGGUACCAACCUCACUUUCAAAGGUAUUUACGAGACCCAUUUCCCUGACAGCCCGACCGGCAUCGACUUCACCUCCUGGAUGUUCCUGAACGUGCCCAUAAUGCUGAUCACCAUGUUCCUCUCCUGGGUGUGGCUUCAGUACCUCUUCAUGGGUCUGUUCAGGCCGAAAUCCGAGGACGCGAAGAGGGUUCGCGUCGGCCAGCAGGGAGAGCUCGUCGCCAGGAAGUUGAUCCGCCAGAAGAUGGACGACAUGGGUCCGAUGACCUUCCACGAAAUAGCAGUCGGUCUCUGCUUCAUCCUCAGCGUUUUCCUAUGGUUCUUCAGGAAACCGCAGUUCAUCGCCGGCUGGGCGGAACUCAUCACCGAGCACAAAGUCCAAGAUGCUACAGCGGCACUGAUCGUCGUGAUGCUGCUCUUCGUGAUUCCAGCCAAACCGGAUUUCAUCUGGAUCUUCAGCAAGGACAAAAGCAAACGCCCGGUCGUCGCCUCCCAGGCUUUGAUCACCUGGAAGGUGGUCCAGGCUAAACUGCCGUGGGGUUUGAUCUUCCUCCUCGGAGGAGGUUUCGCUUUGGCAGAAGGUUCCAAAGAGAGCGGCAUGAGUGAAAUGAUAGCGGAAAAUCUGCAAGGAAUCGUGCAACUUCCGAAAUUCGUCGUUCUCGUUAUAGCCUGUCUGAUCGCCUCCACUCUGACCGAAUUUUCGAGUAACGUAGCGGUCGCCAACGUCCUCCUUCCAGUCUUAGCGGAGAUGUCGAAGGUGGCCAAAUGGCAUCCUCUCUACUUGAUGAUGCCGGCAGCGCUCACCUGUUCCCACGCCUACUGUCUUCCAGUCGCGACUCCUCCUAAUGCCAUAGCCGCCGCUCCCUGCAACAUCCCGACCAGGGAAAUGGUGAAAGCCGGUCUCGGUGUCACCGUCAUCUCUCUGUCGGUGCUCUUCCUCAUCUUCCCGUUCUUGGGACAAGCCAUCUACGGCCUCGACGAGUUCCCAGCUUGGGCCAACUAAAUGUUCGCGCAACACAAGAGAAACGAAUGAAUGAAACUCCUCAGGGCAGCAUAUUUUAUACUCAAUAGUUUAGUAUCGAUUGGCUGCUUGGAUCUGAAACAAGAUGGACAACAUUUCCUCCUCCUCCUCCUCCAUCAUAGCUUUCUUUUUUUUUAAUUUUUCAUUUCGUUUAACUCCAAUGGAAGACACGAAAAAAAAAAACAGCAUUUCUUUAACUUAGAGAGAAAAAAAAAGAUGAAGACGAAGAACAUCAGGGGACUUGUAUUUAUGUUACUUAGUAAUUCAAAUUUUAUUUUUUAUUAAAUAUAAGAUAUUAAAUUUUA